GCAUGAACGUCGGUCAUCAUCUCCGCCGGCCGCCGCCGCCGCCGCCGCUGCCGAGAGGAGAGUAGCUCCGGAGAAAAAAAAAAAACGCGAAACAAGAAAACAAGCCGGGACAAGUUCGCUUUCGUUCGUCGGAUCCGUGUGAGUUUUGCGUGCUGACCGCAACGGGCAAUUCGCCGGUGCAUCCUCGGGUGCAUCUCGCCGAAGCGAGUUGUUCUCCAGUUCCCCAUUAUUUGGAGUGAGCGCGCGCGCGUGCGCGUGUACAAACGCAAUGUGCUUCGUAAGGGUUCACGAACUUCGCGGGGAUCGUUGAUCGUGGAUCUGUGCUUGCGCGAUCACGCAAUUGACCGUGAUUUAUGCGAUCCGAUCGAUCGCGGGGUUCAAUAAGGAUAAAUCGGAUCACCGAUACUUAUUCAGCUUCUUAUAGACUUAUAGCGAAACGCGGAGAGCAAGCUGAUCUAGCCGUUUCAAGGUUCGUUAAGCAUCUCACAGCUGAUCUCCAUCAAAGAUGAGGAUCGAUCAGCUCGGGCUUCUUCUUUGGAAGAACUAUGUCGUUAGGAAACGGCAGCCAGGAAUUCUGGCCCUGAUCUUUUUAUGGCCAGUAUUGGUUUUCAUGAUUGUCUACACGGUGAGCGAUAAUACCGAUCUGGAUUAUCAUCCAACAUGUCAGUUUCCCGCGAGGUCGAUGCCGCAAGACGGAUUCCUGCCUUUCGUACAGAGUUACAUAUGCAGCGUUGGAAAUCCCUGCGAUCCGUUGUCGGAGUACGAGGAGGUACCCUCGUACAAAAACUCCACUUUAGGUCCUUUAAUCGUGGAACUGCAACCGAUGCUCAAUAACAAGACGAUUAUCUCCGCCGUGGAAACAUUGCCGCAGAGUAUCCAACUGUUGAAGUCAAUGGCGCAAAUACUCACCAAGCCGGAAAUCAAGGCGCUUUUCGACAGGGGAAUCCGUUUGGGCGACUUGUUUAACAAUCACGAGCAAAUUAAGAAUUUACUCAGGAAACAUAUGCCGGGAGCGAGAGAAGGCUUGAUUGACGGUUUAUUCGAGUCAUCCGUGAAAUUAAUAUACUUAAUCAAAACUUUUGGCUCGUCUAACAUCGACGGCGUCAUUUGUUCUCCGGAAAGUCUGAAGAACUAUUUGAUUCUACCUGAAGAGGAGGACAUUACGGAGAUUUCAAACGCUCUUUGCAAAAUCGAUCCGCUAGCGAUCCCCGAUAUUUUGGAAAAUCUCUCGUCACACCUGGACUUCACCGGUUUACUGGAGAUGGUCGAUCGCGCGAUGGCGAAAUUUCGCGAGUACAAUUUUUUCCAGGAUCUGAAACGAGCGGCGGAGACCAUUCUCGAUUUGAAGACAUCCAGGAAGUACAUACCCGAGUAUUUGAAGAUUCGCGAAUGGCUGCCAAAAAUAAUCUUGUCCUUCCAAAAUGUAACAUUCAAGGAAAUUGAUCUGACCUACAUCAAUAAGGCCCUGGUGAUUCUCGAUCCCAUAUUUGCAAAUGAACGAGACUAUCCGCUCGCUCGGGGCGGCUUUUUGAAAAUAAGCAGACUGCUGAAGAUGGUGAAGGAAUAUGUCAACAACGGCGGACUCAAACCCACCGCGGACGAUUUCUUCACUGUGAUAGAUAGGAUGCGCGGGGCGAUAUCGAUCUUCUCCUCGAAUCCGGAUAAUUAUGAAAAUAUAACGCAAAUAUUGGACCUAUCUUUCCUGAUCCUGCAGGAUGGUAUGAAGCUCACUAACAAAUUGUUGGAUCGCCACGCGAACGAUUUUGAAUUAGCCGCUGAAGUUUUCGACGGACUCAGAGACUUCUUUUCCGAUAACAUAGUAAAUUCAGUUACAUAUAUUGUGUCAAUAAUUGAUAAUAUCGUGCAAAUGACUCAUCACGUUGCUAUCCUUCACGAAGAAACUUUACGAAGAUUAUACGAGAUCUCGAAAAAGCAUCAGAUUUUGGUCGAAAAGAUGCUGACAAAUCUCCAACCAACUGUAUAUAGGACGAUAAUGCGAUCCUUCUCCCGAUUAGACUUUGUAGAGCGUUUCGUAGAGAAUUUGCAAGAAACAAAAGUCGAUGAAUUGUUUUGCCAAGAAGAGACAAUGAGAGAGAUAUUCGAAAAUUACGUUGAGUUUCAAGACAAAGCCAACGAAAUAAACGAAUUAUUCUGCAGCAGUGACGGAAAGAAUUUCAUUACUGAUGUCUACAACAGUUUCGAGUUGGACAAGUUUGGGAGGAUCAUGUCGAAUACUUUAUCGACCAUGGUCACCAUGGCAUUCAAACAAGUAGUCAGGAUCGACAAGUCAAACUUAACAUCCGUAGUGAGAAAUGUCAAAGGAUUCGUGGCCUAUUUGGACGCGCGUAAAGUGACAUACUUAAAUUGGACCAUUUUUCAUAUUAACGACGAAUGGAAAAACACUUUCAAUGAAAUGCAACUUCAAGGAAGAUUAGAUAUCUUGGGAAUUCACUUGAGCAUAGCGAGGAUGCUGGGUCUUCGCAGUUUAUCGUACACGUCCAUCAAACCAGAUUUAGAAAAUAUGGAUCUGCUAGUCGACAUAAUUUUACAAAAUUUACGAAUCAAUCCUACCAACUGGAUCGAGAAGGUACGCCGGCACGAAACUGAGUUAAUCGAAUCGUUCUACCUCACCGUCACGGAUAAAAACAAGACGUUGCAGCUCCUCGAGUAUUCUAAUUUCACGCAAACGUACUGCAUGGAUCCGAAUCCGCCGGAUUUGCUGAAUUUUCCUAAGGAAUCGAACGGCACGGUUCUGAAGGAACUGACAUGCUAUCUAUCCAAAACUGUACAAAGGGAUCUGGAAUUGAACGUGACCAAAAUCAGUAUCGAGACAACCGCCAACCAGAGGGAAUUUAAUUGGACCGCCUUCAACGAGAAGACAAUUGAGAUUUACCAAUAUGUCGAUACUCUAGUGCACCGGGAGGAUGAGAAUUACAAUUGGAAGAAACUGGAGAAAUUGAGGCAGAACUUUAAGACUUCGUGGACGACGGACGUAACGGCGAAGGACGCGUGGGAGAUCAGCGUAGGUUUAAUCUGCAAGGUCUUUGAUUUGAUGGAGAGCCCGGUGUUCGGAAUCCAAGUCAAGAGAAAUUGGAAGAUCAUGUACGGUUUUGCGUGGGCGACCUCGGUGAUUUUCGACAAUAUCGAGAAGAUCGUCGAUCAAAUCCAGAAGCGCGAUCACGUGGCGAAGAUCUCUGAUGUUCUGCAGGAGAUGCCGCAGACCGAGUUGCUCGCCGGCACGUUCCUGAGAAAUCUAUCCCCGGCCAUGCUUGAUGUAGUCGACAUGAUAACUCUGCGGCCGGUGGCUCUUAUAUCGGCGCUUGAUGAUUACAAAGAACGUGAGACUAUGUGGCCCUGCGUCUACAACGAAAGCGUUGGCGUUGCAUUAGAAUUGAGAAACGGAACUCGGGAAGUUGUCAGAGAGCUCGAAAAAAUCGCUUGCGAUCCAACUCUUUUUAUCAAAGAGUGGAGAGAGCAGCCAGUGAUAAUGAGGGUUCGAAAAAUUUUUGAGCACGAUGAAACUGUAGUUUUACCACCGUUCAACUGGACCCUGGGUUACACAAAAUUCCGACGAUUAGUAACGAAGCUUGACGAUUUGAUAAACGACGCUAAAGAAGUCGUUCUAGCGGAAGAACCGAAAUUGGAGAAGUAUUUAAAGACAAUCGUGACAGAAUCGGAUGACAUUAUCGAGGAAAGAUUGCCAGCCAUGCAAGACGAUUGGAGAAAUACCUUGAACCAUCUCGAUCUGGAGCUCGACAAAGCCAUCGAUGCUUUCGGCAGCGAUCUUUCUGCAAGUAGGAUUUGGAAACCAUCGGUCAGUGUUACCGAUCGCAUUCUUAUUGCUUUAAAAUUUAUAUCCAACGUCAUUCACAAAAGUUCACGUAUCGUGACCGAUAUAUUGAACAGCGGAACAGGAAAAAUCAGUUUUUUAUCCUUGAUGGGAUUCGAUAAUGCUUCCCCUAUCACUAUUUUCUACAAUCAUUUACCUUAUAUACUGUCGACGCUGGUGAACGGGCUAUCCGAUCCUAUGGUAGACGAUCGCAUUGUCACAACAUUGAAAAAUAACACCCCAGUCACGUGUUCGAUGUUGUUUGAAUGGCUGUCGGAUUUUAAAGUCGGUCUGAGCGAAGAGGAGUACAGGACCUUAAAAAAUUUUACUUGCGACCGCGAUCCCGACAACUUCAACGCUUACACGGAUCUUUAUAUGGCGGAAUUAAUGAUCUGGAAUAAACCCACCAGCAAGUAUCGUUCUUUUGUAGCUUCGACAAUUGGCGAUGUGUACGAUGUGCUAGAGGCUAUCUCUCUCACGAUAAAACAUAACGUGACUAUCGAGCCGCCCUUUUCGAAAAAAUAUUCGGAGCAUGUGCUCCAAAUGCUGAAAGAGAGUAUUGAGGUCACAAGCGAAGAGAGCACUUUCCACAGGGAAUUGAGGGUAGGUCAAGGAUGGUCGAAUUACAGAUUGCUGAUAGAGAGCAUAUCGCAGGCUCUGAUUCAUAUUGGCAACGCGUUGAAGAAUGCCCAGGUACAUGACUACAAAUUGGAAACUUGGCAAUUGAUGGAAAAAGGCGAAAUGCGUCAACUGCUGAAGAUUCUGGAAGCUCAUCCGGAAGAAACUAUCGCGUUAUUUGCCAUUCUCAGUACAGUUGACGAUAUAACCGGCAACUUUAUGCCUCACGAGGAUGUUAGGAAGAUUAUGUGCACUCAGCAUUUCAAUUCCAAUUAUUGGUCCACGGCAAAAAGAAUGCAUUUCUUGGAGGAAAUCUGCUCGUUCGACCCCUAUCAGCUGCUGAAGGCUAUCACGAACGAGGAAUUCUAUGAGGUUGUUACCGGUCAGAGAAAAGCUUUUUCGAGUUCAACUUCGCUAACUAUGACAGUAACAAGAUUGUUGGAUAUUGUCUCGAAUUUUACCGCCACGUCGCCAGGGGUGAGUCUCAGAUCGAACAUCUUCAACGUUACGACGUGGAAGAAUCUGUCCUACGAAACCUGGGCCCUGAUCCUGAAAGCUGAAAAAACCUGGAUCCACACGUACCGAAACCCUGCGUGGUAUAGAUUCCACAUGGCGUCGCACGACGAUACAGAUUAUCUUGUCGGAUCGAGGAGGCUGUUUCAGCUUCUAGAAUCCGUGGUCGAUCUCGCGUCCGGCGGAGAUAUCUGGCAAAAGCUGCGCGUCAUGUACGAAACUUCGAAACUCAAGCCGUUGCUAACACUCGCGGAGGAUAUGCCUAAUCUUCUUAUCACCGCCGCCGAUACCUUCGUCUCGUCCGAGAGACUGGACGACUUCAUACAGAAGCUACUCCUCGGUCAAGUGCAUCCCUGCAACAUCGAUCGAUACUUGAUCCCAUCCAGCUACAUUAGGAAGAGAGGUUUGCUGGCUAGCAUUACGAACUUCUGCCAGAAGAUCGUCAUGAGCGAUGAGCAGUUGACAUGGACAGACUUGUUGCCAUUCAACAAAAAAUACAAUGACUCAAUGCCUGGUAUGCCCGAACCAUCGCAAAGCGUUUAUGAAGAGCAACUGUUGCAAAGUGUGCAUAACUUUCAAGACACUUCAAUUCGCGUUUUGUCAGAAGGCUUCAAGCAGCCGAAAAUUCCUACUUGGUGGACGUCGUUCGAGGAAGGCACUUUGAAAGAGUUCGUCGCUCAAUAUAAGAAAAAGGACUCGAAGACUCUGGCAUAUUCGAUGGUGAAGAAGAUAACAACGAUUUCGAGAAACUUUUUGAUAACUCAAUCGAGUGCCGUAAAUUGCACAUGGUGCGUCACGCUUCCACUGGAGAUUCUAAAUUCUCAACUGAUGCACCAUAGUCUCUACUCGAAAUUACUCUGUCGAAUGACUCGAUUAAACAUAUCGGAGGUGCAUAACAUAUUGAUCAACGAUUUCAACUGGAAUAAAACAGGCAACAUGGUCAAAGAUUAUAAAUAUCUAAAUAAGAAGAAGACGCUAGACGAGUUCUUAAAUACGCUCGAAAUUACUUUGCAUUACGUCGCCGACAUCAUAAUCGAUUUCCAAAAUGAGACGUACAGUACUAAAGUAAACAAGUGCUAUAACAAAUUUAUCGGCGGCCCUACGUAUUCCAGACCAGGAUUGUAUAUUACGUUCCUUCUGAGUAUACUGGACAUGAUGGAGAAGAACGUUUACAUCUUAGACUCUGCGUCUAUUCACGAGGGCAUCAACAAUUUAACCAGAUUAGCUGAGAAACACGUGCCGAUUUGGAUGCCAUUGCGCGACGUGGUGAAGAAGUCCGAUAUCGCCGACAUCGACGCCGCGCUACCGAAUGCCACUAUCAACGUGAACGCGUUCCUAAGCGAUGUGAAUAGGACGAGCUUGUGCAGGACGAAAAUCGAAUGUCAGAACGAGACGAUUCUGUACAAUUUUCUCAGUUCGAAGAGAGCAGGCAAGGUUUUCCGAUACGAUCCGAAGGCGUCGAAAUAUCCGUCGGUGUCCGACAUUUCGAGACGAUUGGCUCGCAGUCUGGACGUGGAUCUCAUAGGUCGGCAACUGUCCUUCUGGCGCACGGAGGCUUCCUGGAAUCUCUUCUGGCUCAAGGAGAUCCUGAGUCAUGUGUCCGUAAUUCUCGGAGAGAGCGGAAAUCUGCUGGACGUUGCUAGUAAAAUAGAUCUUGAGGACGUCACCAGCAUUCUUGGAGUUCCCGAUCUUGCCGAGGGCAUCGUCAACAUAUUGAAAGAUAAAACAGUCGACAAAUUAUUCGACGGGAUGAAGGAGCUCCUCGAGGAUGUCGAGCCGUUCAUAAGCGAUCGCGAAAUAGUCGACGAUUUGCACACAAUAAUCACGACACUGGAAUCGAUGGAGAUUUUCAAAAACCUAGGACUACUGGAUAUGAAAUACGUCGUCAGAGAUAUGUUCGACAAUUGGGAUUUCGUGCAAACGUAUUUGGUCGACAAAACUGACAUUACCAACGAGAUCGCUCUUACUUUGGGCCAAGCCAAGAUAGACAUGAUAUCAGUUUUCAUGCAAGAACGCGGCAUCGUUAGUUUGAAAGAUACCAUUUGCUCACCAGAAAAGCUCGGCGAUAUGUUGCACUUCGACAAUACUCUCGUAACUGCCGAGGAAGUUAGCUUCACGCUCUGCCAAUUGGAGGACUCCCAGACGCAAGAUAUCGCUAUCACGUUGAUGAAGAACUUAAAUUUCGAUUAUAUUUUCAAAAACUUAAUGAGCGCUAACGUGAAAAGUAUAUUGGCCAAUGCAAAUCUAACUGAGACUGAAGGGAAAAUUAUAUUGGACAAUCUUGGCGUUGCUGCAGAACUAUUUCCAUUCUUCAAAGACAAGCUGUCGGCAACCUUUUCUUCUUUCACAAAUGAAACGGAAAGUAAUGCGGAAGAAACGGACGAAGCGCUAGCUAAUUCGCAAUUUUUGAAGGAUUCUAGCAAACUGCUCUGUGGUAAAGCAUUGAUUCAAGACGGACAGGGACAAGUGUACAGAAUUAUCACUAGCUUAAAGGACAGUAAUAAAGCGUCUGAUGAGAGGGAACUUGAGUCUUUGCCAGAGACUUGUAGAGAAACGUAUAAAACUGUGCUUGCUAUACCUGGCGGGAAGAUCGUCUGGUCGUACGUCAAGCCUCUGUUACGCGGGCACAUUCUUUACGCGCCCAACACUACUGUGAUCUCUGAAGUCAUGGCGUUGACGAACGACACCUUCGUGCAGAUGGAACGCUUCGGUGUGCUGGUGAAUAGUAUCGAGAAGAGCCUCAAGGCUCUAGCCAAUCUUACAGAGAUGGGCGACUCUUUAAAGGAAUUACAGAAUAUAAUGUCCUCCGACGUCAUGAAAGUUGCAAUCAAGUCAAUGGGAGGUGGCAAUUUUGAAGGUGACCUUUCCGAGCUAAAUCUCAGCGAGAUCGCAUGGCGGUUGAAAAACUCGAAGAAACUGAUCUCGAUGAUCGGCAUGCUGAACAGCAUGAUGGGAUGCGUGCUGGUGCACAGAACAACAGGAUUCUCCACGGAGGAGGAAUUGGAAGUAGCAGCUAGCCGCUUGAUCGCCACGAAUGAGUUUCUGGCCGGGGUGAUCUUUUUGAAUGACGCUUCCUCGCAUCCGGCGAAGAGAUCCCUGGAUCAUGAAUUACCGGACGAUAUCACCUAUAAGAUCCGCAUGGACGUGGACUACGUCCCGUCAACCACGCGAAUGAAGACUCAAUUCUGGCUUCCCGGACCGGAAAGCAGCUUCAUCGAGCAUCUCAGGUACCUCCGAGGUUUUAUUCAACUUCAGGACUCCGUCGAUCGCGCGAUCAUGAAGGUGAAAACCCGAAGAUACGAUCUCAACUGGAGGACAGUCACGCAACAGAUGCCGUAUCCGUGUUGGAAAGACAUACCGUUUCAAACAACGCUUUACGAGUCUCAAGGUUUGCAAGUAUGCUUCUUCUUCGCAUUAAUGAUGUGCGUUGGAUCGGCAGUCAGGCAUAUCGUUUGGGAAAGAGAAUCACAAAAUUCUAUGGUAAUGAGCGUAAUGGGAUUGAAACCAUGGCGUAACACCCUGGCUUGGUUCAUCACGUCUUACGCGGAGCUGGCGAUCGUGAUGAUUUCCAUCUCUAUAAUUUUAUUAGCUGGAAAAAUCAUUCCACGAUCGGAUCCUGUCGUGGUGCUUCUUUUAUUUUUCGAUUACAUCUUCUCCAUAGUGACCUUCUGCUACAUGAUUUCGACGAUGUUCAGCUCCGCCAGUCUCUCCGCUGUUACCACUGUCGUCAUGUUCCUAUUAACUUACAUGCCAUACGUCAUCGUUAUCGCCAUGGAGGCCGUAUUCGGAUUCGGAAUCAAACUUUUAAUCUGCUUGAGCAUGUCAACCAGCUUCUGUUACGGAUGCCUGUUCAUGGUGCGAAAGGAAGUUCAAGGCGUCGGUCUCUCUUGGGCAAAUAUGUGGGAGGAAUCGAACCCUGGUGAUCCGAUGACUCUGGGAUUGCUGUUGAUGAUAAUCGCUUUCGAUGGAUGUCUUUAUGCCGCGAUCGGUUACCUCAUCGCUAGAUACACCGAUUCAGGUAGAGGUUUUCACAGUUUGAGGUCCCGUAGUUUAUGGUGGGCCGACACACGCUCUCUCUAUGGCAGACCAAGCUACCUUGCCUUCGUCAACAACCUCUAUUUCACUAACGACGUUCUUCAUCCCUCAGCCUCUUACGAAGAGGACGAGAGCGAUCUGAGUAACUUGACGGUCACAGAGAAGCAAAUCGGCGUGAAAUUCGAAGGCGUCAGGAAAGUCUAUCAUACCGAACGAGGUGACGUCGUCGCCGUGGAUGACUUCACUUUGAAGCUAUGCGAAGGUGAAGUGACAAGUCUGCUUGGGAGAAAUGGCGCAGGGAAGACUACUAUUAUCAAGAUGUUAACCGGGAUGGUGGCACCGACCAACGGCGAAAUUUGCUUAAACGGCGAGGAGGGUUGCAAGCCCGAUAUAGGUGUGUGUCCUCAGGAUAACGUACUCAUCGGAAGUCUGACGCCAAGGGAGCACAUGGUCUUUUAUUGGAAGCUUAAGAGACCUAAUGAUGAUAAUAACAAUAUGCAGAGGAACGUUAACGAAAUGCUGGCCUCCCUUGAACUCGGGCGUCAGGAACACGAGCCUGUAUCGCGUUUGUCAGGCGGUACACGACGCAGGCUUUGCGUAGCCUUGGCCUUCCUCGGCUCACCGCGUUUGGUGAUCCUGGACGAGCCCGGCGCCGGUGUGGAUCCUGCGGCCCGACGACGCAUCUGGCGGCUGAUCGAUCAACACAGAAUCGGUCGAACCGUUCUCCUCUCGACUCACCAUCUGGACGAGGCCGACAUGCUGAGCGAUACGGUUGUAGUGAUGCACAAAGGAAAGAUCCUGUGCACCGGUUCGCCACUAUCCUUGAAAAUGACACAUGGCAGGGGAUACAGACUGAAUGUGGCUUUCCCGUCCGAGCAUUACGCCAACGGGGAGGCCGGAAUAGGAGGAAUAGCAGAAACAGUUGACAAAAAGAACCUGAAGGCUCUUCGUACCGUGGUCGAGGAAAUUAUGCCGAACACCGUGAUAAACGAGAUUUCCGAGUCAGAGGUCAUCAUCGCGUUGCCUUUCCAGGGGAAAAACGGCAUUAACAAUGACAUCGCGCAAGUGGCUAAGGUGCUGGAAGACAACCGUAAGCUCUUGGGAUUCUCGCACUUCUCAUUGGAGUGUGACACUCUGGAAAGAGUUUUCUUGGAUCUUUGCGCGCGAGCAGACAAUGGAUCGAGCGUUAUCGGAGCGAGUCAAGAUAGCAUUGUUAAUGUGGAGCACGUCGAAACUCCCACGUUAGAUGACAACACUGAUUUAAUUACCGACAUGAUAUUGAGGCCCUCGCCAGUUCGACAGAUGAAAGCCAUGAUAAAAAAAAGACUAUGGCAUUUCGCGAGAGACUGGAGGGCGCCGUUGGCCGCGCUCAUUUUACCAACCAUGUUCGUCGCAGUCGCUAUGGGAUUUUCUCUGAUACGGCCACCGUCCGAGAACGAGCCGCCUCUGACUUUAACCCCCAAACUUUAUGACACUCAUCCGACUUACUUUUACAGUAUCGACGGUAAUGACCCGUUUCUACAACAUGUGUCUAUGCAGCUGCACGAUCGCUUCGGGGAUGAUUAUGCUGGCGCAUGGCAAACCUUACCUAAUGACACCGGAACCUGCGAAUGUGUAGACGGCCAACAAACUUGCCAUGGACUUUCUAAAGCUGUUGAGGGUCUUCUUCAAACCUUACCUGGUCGACCUACUCUGGAUUGGAUAGUCUCGACGCAUCAGGAAUAUAUAGAAAGACGAUACGGCGGUUGGUCUCUGUCGCACACCAAGGAGGAUCCUCUUUUUAUCGUUUGGUACAAUAACAAGGGCCACCAUUCCAUGCCGUCGUAUCUGAACGCUCUCAACGAGGCAAUCCUGCGAGCAUCCGGGGUGCAAGGACACUUAACCACGCUCAAUCACCCCUUAAAGCUAUCGAGCGAUCAGCUGAAUCGAAUGACAAUCUUGCAGCAUGUGGCGGACGUCGGCGUGGCAUUGGUACUUCUGAUAGCUUUCAGUUUGGUUGGAGCUCAGGGAACGAAAGAGAUAGUGAGAGAACGAUUGACAGAGGAGAAGAGAAUACUCUAUCUGGCCGGAGUUCAUCCUGUUACGUAUUGGGCGACAAUUUUAAUAUGCGAUUUCCUAAUAUACAGUUGCGCUGUUUGCCUAGCAGUUAUCGUUUUCGAGAUCUUCGGUUUGUCAGCUUACGUUGCGAAGGAUAACCUAGCUGGUGUCUGCCUUCUGUUAAUUCUGUUCGCGUGGGCGGCGUUACCGUUUUCGCAUCUAGCGGAAAAAGCGUUCGACGACUCGAGCCUGUCCAACAUGGUGCUCUUCUGCGUGAAUACUUUCAUAGGCGUGAUCUGCCUAACGAUCAUUUUAGUCAUUGACAUUCUCGGCAAAAGUAAAACGGCCGAACACGUGAGGGACGUCCUGCAUCGUGUUCUAAUGAUCUUUCCGCAAUACGCUUUUGGCGACGGGUUAGUCGAGAUCACGAGGAACGACAUCACCGCCGAAUUGUUACAGAGAUUUCACAUGGACACUUAUAAAUCUCCGCUCGGCUGGGACCUUCUCGGCUAUCAUUUCGUCUUCCUGUUUGUAGUCGGCGCCGUUCUGUUCGCGCUGAAUCUGUUAAUCGAGUGUCGAAUCCUGCCCAAUCUGAGCAGGCAGAAGAUCGAUUACGAGACAAUGCAGGAAGACGAGGACGUUGCCAGGGAGAGACUGAGAGUCGAGACUGGGAUGGUCGACGACACCCUGAAGACCAUGAAACUGCGGAAGGAAUACCGAAGCGUGUACGGGACAAAUGUCGCUGUGCAAAAUUUAAGCUUCGGCGUACAGGCCGGGAAGUGUUUCGGUCUCCUGGGGGUGAACGGGGCGGGAAAAAGCACGACGUUCAAGAUGCUGACAACGGAAAUCAUUCCUACGGCCGGGAAGAUUAUUCUAAAGGGGGAGGAGAUUGGUGCGAAACCCUUGUGCAACGGCGAAGUUGGCUACUGUCCUCAGAGCGACGCCCUGGACGGAUUCCUCACGCCCCACCAAUGUUUAACGAUUCACGGUGAAGUUUGCGGAUUGAGCAACGUUCCUAAGGCGGUGGAGACAACGCUGAAGAGGUUCGAUCUGCUCAAGUACGCUCAUCGAAGAGUCUCCGGUCUUAGCGGCGGUAACAAAAGGAAAUUGUGUGCUGCAAUAAGCGUUAUGGCUCCCGCCGCGGUAAUCCUCAUGGACGAACCCACGAGCGGAAUGGAUCCUGCCACGAAGAAUCUCGUGGCCAGAGCUAUAAAACAGGUGACGAGGAGUCAAGGAUGCGUCAUACUAACGUCGCACAGCGUCGCCGAAUGCGAAAACCUUUGCACGAGGGUAGGCAUCCUCGCUCGAGCUGGUCUCAGGUGUAUAGGAACGCCGCAGCAUUUGAAGCACAAAUUCGGCGAAGGAUACGUUGCCUUCAUGAGAUUCGGCCAGCCGGUUUCCCGCGCGGAUCUUAGGAAGGUUAUCCUGAAAUAUCUGCCACAGGCGAUGAUCUCUUCGAGGCAGGCAACGGCUGCUCGGCUCUUGCUACCGCGUAGCCAGGACAUGGCGCUCAGCACGAGCUUCAGCAUGCUCAAGCUCCUGGCGGAGGAGCUUAAGGCCACGGACUAUACGCUCACACAGAGCUCGUUGGAUCAGGUUCUGGUGACUUUCUCGGAGGAGCUCGACGACGAGGUCGCCGACGUGACUGUCUUCGGCCAGGGCAGCGGGAACAGCGUGCCCAAUAUGUACUCCAGCAUGGAUACCAUCCACAUGGACACGUUUUGAAUGUGUGUCAUUUAAUUAGGUUUAAGCUCCAAAGGCCCCUCCGCUUUAACUAAACGCGCGGAAUUAACUGAAGUUUUACGUUUUCAUUCGGUAAAGCCC